AUGGAUCAUUCGUUCGCGUUGGUCAAGAUCUACGGCAUGGAUCGGGAAGAAAGUGUUAAGUCGUGUGUCUCGAGAGGGGACUGGAUCGGCAACCAGUGAGUACACGAGACACAGUACGAGUGUUAGGAAGUAGUUUGGAGCGUUAGGGGGAAGACUAAAGAGGCUCGCGGUGCGAGUGCGCGAAAUAUCUCUAAGUCCAAAAGGGGUCCGAGCGGCGCGCGGCUGGCUAGGCUGGGCGCGGGCUGGAGAUCGACCUAAGCAAGAGUGUGUGGAAUUCAACAGAAAGGUCGCUCGUUUUUUUGGUCAAUAUCCUCGCGUCAAGGCGAGGCUUGUUUCGUUGUAUUGGAUCGUUUUCGCUCCGCCCCGACGGCUCAACAGCCAGCACUCGAGACUCAGCCAAGGGAGGACAUCAGGCGCUGUCGGGGUGACGAGUAG